UGAUUUGAAUGUUGUUAUCAAAAGAACACAGAAACUAUCCUGAACUACUUAUUUUGACUCGGUCUGACUACAAUGAAGGAACUUGUUUGCUUUGUCUUUGAUAAAGCUUGACCGAGUCAAGGAUAAAAGAGAAGUUCAUACUUAGAAAGCUUCACCUGAACUACUGAGUUCAACACGCACUGAACUGACGGAUGAAGGAUGGGGAAAAAACUCUUUACCCUCUUGUUACUUUAUUCUUUCAUCUUUGUUGCAUUUUUUGCUCUUUUUAUAAUUUUCAACAAAGGCUGGGCUCAUCCAUAUUUUAUUAAAGCACAAAAUGUAGAAAUUAUAAAAAUUGGAUUUUUUUCGAGGUUUACAAGAAGUGGUCAGGGGAAUGAAACAUCAGAGGUCCAAGUAAAUGACUCAGCUGUGGAAGAUUCUCUGAAGCCUUGUCCUGAAACCCCUCCAAACCUUUUGGGUCCAAUUCAGGUAGAGUUUGAAACGAAUCGAUUUAUGGACGACGUCAGGAAGAAGGUUGGUUCUUUCCUUCAGAUGGGAGGACGAUACAAACCACCGGAUUGUAUCUCAAAACAGAAGGUGGCCAUCAUCAUUCCAUUCCGACAUCGCCAUGAGCACCUAACCCACUGGCUUUACUACGUCCAUCCAAACUUAAUACGGCAGCAGCUGCACUACGGUAUUUAUGUCAUCAACCAGGAUGGAGAUGGCAAAUUCAACAGAGCUAAACUAAUGAAUAUCGGAUAUGCUGAAGCACUGAAAGAAGAUGAUUAUGACUGUUUUGUCUUUUCUGAUGUAGACCUGGUGCCUUUAGAUGACCGUAACCUCUACAGAUGUUUUGACCUUCCAAGACACUUUAGUGUUGCUAUAGACAAGUUUAACUAUAAAUUAGCCGCCAUUAAUAAUUUUGGUGGGGUCACAGCAUUAUCAAAGGAGCAGUUUUUAAUAGUCAAUGGCUUCCCCAACACUUACUGGGGCUGGGGUGGUGAGGACGAUGACCUUUACAACCGAAUCAUGUUACGCAUAAAGUCCAUAUCUCGUCCAGACGCUGUGAUUGGAAGGUACAAGAUGAUCAGGCAUAACAGAGACUUGAACAACGAGCAGAAUCCAAGCAAUGCCAAGAAAGCAAAAGAAACAGGAAAGACUUGGGAUCAGGAUGGGCUCAAUUCAUUAAAUUACACAGUCACACAGACCAUUAAAGACAUUUUGUUCACCUUUAUUGCUGUGGAUGUUCAUGAACCUACUGAGUCUAAAUAAUGGAUAAAAAAUUAUGAAUCUUGUCACCAGCAUCCAGACAUCAAUUCUGUUUGCUUCACAGCCGAACAGGACACGGGGAAAAAAAUCUUUUUUAAAUCGUGUUUCUUUACAGCUUUAGUCUCACAACAUCAACAAUGAAGGAAAUGAUUGUUUUUCACUUUUUUCUGACAUUUAAUGGGAUCUGGAAAAUCAGAAGAUCAUAAUGUAUGUAUGUAUACAAUUACAUAUUUUACAUAAAUGAGUGAUUUUCAACAGUGAUGCACAGAUAUGAAGUUUUUGGGCCGACACUGAUAUCACCGUUGCGGCCGAUAACCAAUAUUUGCUGACAUACUGACAUUAACGCUUCUAAAAGCAGCAGAUUUUGUAUAGAAUGAAAAUUAUUCAAGCUGAAUUUACAUUAUGUACACACACAUCACACAUUUACACGUACAUGUACACGAGGUAGAGGGAAACACUUCUUAAAUGUUACUUAAGCUACGUUUUUUCUACUUCUUGCACCGUAUGUCUUGAAUUGUUUUAUUUCAGCAGCUAAAUGAGUUAUUAUUAAGUAAAAUGGGACUGAAGAAGAAAAUGUAGUAAAUUUAGUUUGAUGAUUCUUUAAGUGACUCUUUUAAUAAAUGAGUUUUUUAAAGUGUGAAAUUUGUUUGUAAAAUGAAAUAAACACGUUAUAAUUUAACUGCAAACCCUCACUCAGCAGUGUAGAAGGUCCUUUCUACUACCUAACCAUUUUGGGAAAAACACAGUGAAAAUAUAUAUCUCUCAUAUAAGCUCUUUCAUAUAUUAUUAUAAGCUCUUUUAUAUGAUUAAAUAUGUAUCUCUCACUUUUGCCCCUUAUAUAUUAUCAUAAAUACAUUAUUAUAUGCCUUUUCAUGGAAUCUUGUUAUAAUAUCAAAGACCUCUCUGUGCCUUUUCUGCUCAAGCUGAACAGCUGCAUAAGGGAGUGAAAGCGUUCCUUCCUUCAGUUCCUCAAUACAAGAACAACUGUCUUUGUUAGCAAAGGAUGUUGCAGGAUGUGUCCUGAUCAUCUCAAGGUUGCAUGUCCUUGGGAUGAAUUGGUCUUUCAUUAACAAGGCUAUUAGCUGACGUGCGUCUGCAGGUGCAGAUGGCAGAAUUACGUGUGUGUAUGGCAAACUACGUAUGUAACAUUCCUGUAAUCUUCAAUAAAAAUCAGCCGUUUUCAGCAGAACGGCGAGAGUCUGUCCGAAGCAUCUGGCAAGAGCAGGUCGCGGGACUUGCUGCAGAGACUCUCCCCCUCAUGAGCGGCG